UGUUUUAGCCUUUUCUUUUUUUGAUAAAGCAUUUUGGCCUAGUUAAUCAAUCUAGGAGAUCUCCAGCCAUAAACAGAUUUGUUUUCUUAAAUGCCACGAAUAAUUUUGCACUUUUAAAAUAGUUGGAUAUCUUUCAUAAUUUUCAGACUUUCAGAAGUAUUAUUUACAUGCUUACAUUUAUCUGAUGCAACCCAACUAGGUAAAGUUUCAUGGCCUUAGGGAAAGAUGUUCGAUUUCAAUUCCUUGUCUCUUUUAACAGUUACAGGUGUCACUUCUAUCUAGUACCUGCCCCUUUUCAUCAUCCCCAAAUAGGUCAUAAAUCUUCCAGCCUUACCCCCUAAGUGAAGAUUCCUUCCUUAGGGUAUGCUUUCCUAAUUUUUGCUAUAUCUGCUUGCACUUCAGUUUUAAUUUUUUAUUGUUAUGGGCCUAAAUAGAUAAAUAAAGUGUCUCCUCUCACAACUAUAAUUCUCGUGUAUUCAUUUACACAGAGAAAAAAAUUGGGCCAAUUGUCCAUCAUUUAACUAUUGAUAAAAGCCAAAAACCCUAGCAAUACAAUGUAUGAAUGUAGACCCCUCACUAAGAUAAAAGAGGAAAAACAUCCACAUAGACGUCUUCAAAUUUCGGUGUAUCCAAAAGUUGUUCUUGAUCUAACAAUAUCAGUUAAGCUAGAACUUACUACUGAAAAAAUCAAUCAUAUGCUAAGCUUACAGAUUAUAACAUAUAAUAUUAUAACAACCAAGUGUUCACCUUCAAGUGAUCAAGUUUCUCCACAACACCAAGCAUUCAGGGCUAUGCUAGCCAUCUCCAAAAUUUACAAAAGAGUCAUGGAUAGUUACAAGGAACCUAAGGAAGAAAUCUGGGAGAAGGCUGUUAAUAUUGAUGAACUUUGCGGUCCUGGUGAAGCUUGGUGGGGUGUGAGAGGGCAAAUGCGGGAUGAUUUUAACCACAGCAAUAAGGCCAUUUCUUAUGCAGAACAUUUUAAAAAUAGUAGGUUUGUAGAGUCAGUUUUAGAUGUUUACUGGGAGCUUCCACCUGUGGCUGGUCCUUCAUUAACUCACCAGUUGAGAUACGAUCCUGCUUGUGCAUCAAGUCCUAUUGUUGAAGAUGGCAGGUAUGGCUUGUUUCAGAGGCUUGGCUUAUCUGGACUGGAGGCAUCUGUGAUCAAUGGUUACACUCAAAUGGUCUAUCUUCAGGUGUCAAAAGAAUGAGACUUUGGUUGCCACUGCAUAUAAGUUGUAGUUUUGUAUCUUUGUGUUUACUGUUCUUUUAGUUCUUUCUGAUGAAACUCUUGAGAGGCUGUCUCUGAGCUGCAACAGAUUUUACUCCUACAAUCUUUCAGAUGUCCAUUUAUCCCCUGGUCACUCUGA